CGCCCCAUCAAACAAAAAACCGCCCACACGAUUCCACGAACAUUCCCCAUUUUGCUUUGCCUCUCCCACCAGUUUUUCAAAUUUUCAAAAAUUUAAAACGGAAUUCAAAUUUUUUCUCAUUUAAAUCGUCACAAGUCUUCCAGGUUUCAGCUUUUCGCAAAGGUUUUCGGGAGAAAUGGAGAGUUCUAGUUCGAUAGAAGAAGGCUGCACGACGCCGAAGCAUCGAAUUCCGGUGGCGUUUCAUUGUCCACCGCCGCCGAGGAAGAAAUCGCCAGGCGGAGCUAAGAGGGAGCCACCAAAGAACGGUUACUUCCAGCCGCCUGAUCUCGAUUCUCUCUUCACUUUGCAGCCUAGGCGCGAAGCUUGUGCUUAGUGGUUCAAAGACUUCGCAUCAUUUUUUUUUCCAAAAAAAAAAAGAUUUUAAUCGUAAAUAUAUGAUUUUAGGAGUUGUAAUAUUAGUUUCUAUUUUCUUCCAAAUUCGUA